AUGGUCAGCAUCCCACCCAUACAAACCUUCGAAUCACUCAUCGCUCUGGAUGAAGGUCUCAUCUUCAAAGUAGAGUGCUCUUUCUCUCCAGAACAAGGUCUCGCUCUCACCUUGCUCAACAAGGAAGAAGGAAAGAUGUUCUUUGUCAGAACCAAAAGUGUGAACCAAGUUUUAGAGAUGUGUGAAUCUUAUAAUAUGGAAGGAAAAUCCAUGAAACAGGAUAUUGUGGAGAAAGGUGUUAACGAUGUAUCAGAAAGUUCCAGUCAACACAAAGAUUUGGUCAUGAUGGAGGCCAGAAUUAGAAAGCUUGUCGAAUCCAUGUCCAGUAAAAUUGCUGUCUUGAUGGAGGAGAAUGAAUAUUGGAAAAAGAAGGCCCUGGAAUCUCAAGGACAAAGAAAGCAACCAAACACAUCUUUGUCAAAGCAAGUUGACACCUCCUUACAACCUGAUUCAAUGCCUUUUGUAUUCGGCGUACUGUCAAGAAGUGAAGAUUGUCAAAGUGACAGUGCUAAUCUGACAAGCCAACUGGGACAAUGGUACAAUAGUGGUGCAGAUCAAAUGGCGAAUAUUAUUUGUGGAACACAUUCAUUCAACAAUCAGUACAUUAAUUUCAACACUCCACCUAGCAUUCACUUUUUGCAAGGAAGUGCUGGAACUUUUUUAUAUAAGGAACAACAUGUGGUAUACAAUAGUUCGAAUUAUUAUCAAUAUCCAAGGGCAAUGCUUGGAAUGUUUUUCAUCAAAAACUCCACUGCACAGCAAAGAACUUUUACAUUCUACUUUGGAGGAACAUCUGGAUGGAGUUCUGGAUAUGAAGGAGCGAGUGUAUUUAUUGGAACUCCUAAUGCGGAUGACAACAAUAGACUGCGUGUCUCGUCGGUUUCAUGGAAAAAUUUGUGGUCGAAUACAAAUGCGAAUGAAAAUCUUUCGACUUCCACAAAUGUAGCAGUUCCAGCAAACACAACCGUAUGCCUCCUUUUAUACACAUCAUCCUAUUAUUACACGCAAAACAACAACUUUAUAGUGCUUUUCAGUGGAUGGAAAUGCUGGAACCUCCGUUCAGCAAUAACUAAUUCAGGACUUCAAAUCGAUCAUUCAACGACUCUUAAAGCUGUUCAGUGUCAAGGUUCACAAAACUUUUAUCAACUUUGGCAUAAUUGA